UGGCGGGCUACAGUCCGUGGGGUCACAAAGAGUCUGACAGGACUGAGCGACUAAGCACACACAGCAAGUGUUAGCGACAGAACUUAAAGCAUCGCAAGUAUAACGUGGAAUCUCUGUCCUUGAGGAAGUGUCAACUUGGCCUAAGCAGCCACAGAUACGAGCUAAUGCGCGAGCAGUCAUCGGGGAUCUGGCUUGGGGGGAACCAUAGAGAAAGGCCAGCCUCCGGGCUUCCUAGAGAGGCGCAGAGAGCGCCAGUUGGGAGCGCUUCCGCUUCCGCCUUGGCUAGGUUUGGCGGGCCCGCUGGCACUCGCGCUCGCCGAGCUGCCGGGAAUUCCGCGAUCCCAUUCCCUCGCGGCGCAGCCCUCCUCAUCCUGGAGCUCGCCGAGCAGAGGCCUCCGAAGCUCUGCGAGCCUGGGCACAGCCCUCUGCUGGAGAGGAGCAAUCGACUUUUCUGCCCUGAAGAGCCGGCCCGACCUCCUUCCUCCGACUCGCGGUACUCAGGCUCUCCAGGUUCUUGCUUUUCCAAACAGAGAGGGCAGUGCAUGAAGCCAGGGGUCAUCAGCCAUUCUCCAGACAUGGUCUCAGGACACGCCCUCCCGGAAGUUCAGGCCCCUCCCUUUGCCUCCGUCCAGGGCUUGAGAAGAAGCCUGUUGUUUCAGGAGCCAGUGACCUUUGAGGACGUGGCUGUGUACUUCACCCAGAACCAAUGGGCCAGCCUGGACUCUGCGCAGAGGGCUCUGUACAGGGAGGUGAUGCUGGAGAAUUAUGUAAACAUAACCUCCUUGGCAGCAUUUCCACUCCCCAAACCAGAUCUGAUCUUCUGGCUGGAGCGAGGGGAAGAACCAGGGCGCCUGGAUCCCUGGACACUGGUCGGGGAAGAGGACCUGAGAGGCAUCUGCAGAGGUGGUAAAACCAAGACUGAGAGCAGAGGGAAGACUACAGAGCUGAGCAUUUCGAAGGGACCAGAGUCUCACAAGUUGAUAACAGAGGUGCCGCUGGUGGAUGUUCCCAGGCACCCUCACUUUGAGAACAGCUUAGAGAAGCUGCAGCUCUAUGACCCAGGGAAGAAAAAAUACUCAAAGAAUGGCAGUUUCACAGGUUUGCCAGUCCAGGAUCGUCCAUCCUCCACUGCUGGAAGAGAAGAGACAGCCAGACAAUUGCAAGGAAGCUGUGGUGUCUGCAUGCAUCUCAUUACUAAGCAGGGCCUCCCUAGAGAACAGGUAUUUUAUAAUUGUGGUGAGUGCGGCAGAUAUUUCAACCAACAUGCAGACCUUCACCAGCAUCAGAGAAUUCACAGGGACGAAAAGCCCUACAAAUGCAAAGAAUGUGGCAAAGCCUUUAGAUGUAACUCAAAACUGUCACGGCACCAGAAGAUCCAUACUGGGGAGAAACCGUACCCUUGCCAGGAAUGUGGAAAAGCCUUCAGUCAAAACUCGCACCUCCUUCAGCAUCAGAAACUCCACAGGGGAGAGAAGCCCUACAAAUGUAAGGACUGUGGGAAAACCUUCGACUACAACUCAAAACUUAUCCGGCAUCAGCGAAUCCACACUGGGGAGAAACCCUUUAAGUGUAAGGAAUGUGGGAAGGCCUUCCGGUGUAACUAUGACCGCGUCAUCCAUGAGCGAAUUCACACUGGGGAGAAGCCGUAUGGAUGUAAGGAGUGUGGGAAAAGCUUCAGAUCAAAUUCAGUUCUGAUUCAGCAUCAGAGGAUCCACACCGGGGAGAAACCUUACAAAUGUAAAGAGUGCAGCAAGGCUUUCCGCCGGAGUUCGCUGUUUCUCCAGCACCAGAGGUUCCACACUGGGGAAAAGCUCUAUAAAUGUAACGAAUGUUGGAAAACUUUCAUUUGUAGCUCACGCUUUAUAGUACAUCAGAGAAUCCACACUGGGGAGAAACCUUAUGAAUGCCAGGAGUGUGGGAAGGCGUUCAACCAGAAAUUCACCCUGGUUCAGCACCAGCGAGUUCACACUGAGGAGAAACCUUAUGAGUGUAAAGUGUGUGGGAAAUCCUUCAAAUGGAGCGCGAGUUUCAUUCACCAUCAGAAAGUGCACACCAGGAAGAAACCCGACCAAGUUACAAGGCCAUCCCCAGUGAAGCCCUGCUGCCCCACUUCAGUCCUGUCCUCUCUGUCUCCCCAACAUGCGUGACCUGCCCCAGCCACACCAGGGGCUCCCCUGUCCUGUUCACGGGCACUGCUGCUUCCUCCUGCUGUGCCUCCCUUCCUCUUGUUCCCCUCGUCGGAAACGGCCAAGUCUUCACCUGUCCAAGUUGUGCAUUUCUUUCAGAAUCAUGCUUCUCCUUGGAAGUCAUCUACUCAUAGCCUGAACCCUUUACCUCAUUCCCUGUGAGCUCCUGCACGUUUCCAACUCCGUUAUCCCUAGUGUGGCAGACUUUCCUCUGGGCUUCUGCUCAUGUCUUUGAUGAUACUCUUCUGGUCUCCUAUAAGUAAGUCAUUAUUGUUUUCCCAGCUCCAUUUAAGUUCUCAUACUUAAGGACCAAGUUUGGUUACCCUCUUCUGUCCCCUGGUAGGGCUUCCCUGGUGGCUCAGACGGUAAAGAAUCUGCCUGCAGUGCAGGAGACCUCAGUUCGAUCCCUGGGUUGGGAACAUUCCCUGGAGAAGGGAAUGGCUACCCACUCUAGUAUUCUUGCCUGGAGAAUUACAUGGACAGCAGAGUCUAGUGGCCUGCAGUCCAGCAGUUCAGUUCAGUUGUGCAGUCGUGUCCCAACUAUUUGUGACCUUACGGACUGCAGCACACCAGGCUUCCCUGUCCAUCACCAACUCCCAGAGCUUAUUCAAACCCAUGUCCAUUGAGUCAGUGAUGCCAUCUAACCAUUUCAUCCUCUUUCAUCCCUCUCUCCUCCUGC